UUUCCUCUUUUCAACUUUAUUUUUUUGUGUGUAUUUAAUUUUCAUAUUUUUUUUCACCGGUGGAAAAUCGUUCCAUUGUUUAAUGAUAAUGGCCAAUCAAAAACCAGUCGAAUGGGUUACAUCCCUGUUAUCACGAUUUGAAGAACAAUUACCAUAUCGUAGUGGUCCACAGACCAGUCAAACACGUGUAAAUGUUGAACAAAUUAAAGAAACAUUGAUACAGAUUUCAAAGACAAAAUUUUCAUUAGUUAUUUCUGGUUUAACUAAAACAUUACAUACUGUAAAUGAAAUGUUCAUUUCACAAAGAUCUCAAAUCCAUGGUCCAAUACAGCCAGAAUUUGAAAGAAAUUUCUAUGAAUCUCAAUUAUUAUUAUUGGAUACAUUGGAAAAAUGUCUUAGCAUACAGCCAAAAGAAACAACACGUUAUGAUGAAACAAUGAAUGUUAAAGCAUUAUUGAAAGAAAUCUGUCAUUUUAUUGAAUCAUCCAAUGAUAAUAUAAUGGCAGCACAAUUAAAAGUUUUAGCAUCCAAAGUACUAUUUUCACUUAGUUUAAAUAAUUUUAAUGCCGUUUUUAGCCGUAUAUCGGCACGAUUACAAGAAUUAUCAAAUACAUCGGAAGAAAAUAUGGAUUUUAUCGAUAUUGAAUUAAUACAAUAUAUUAAUGUUGAUAUAAAUCGUUUAUUGAAAUUAUUAUUGGAAAUUAAUUUAAAAUUUCGUUCAUUGAAAAAGAAUGCCCACUAUAUACUGUUGAAUAAUGUUGAAAAAGCUAUAUGGAAUUGGAUUGAAACAUAUCCACAGGAAUUUAUGGAAUAUCAAUGUCGGCCAAAUGAAGAACUAAGUGAUUGUUGCGAUAAAUUAUUUGAACAUUUGGAUUCAUAUGCUGAAAAUAAUAAUAAACGUAAAAAUUUUGUUUGGCCAUUACAAAUCCUAUUAUUGUUACUAUGUCCAAAAAUAUUGGAAGAAAUUGUUAAUGCCGAUAGUGGUGCACCAUUUUCAUCACGACAUCAAAGGAAAAGAAAUUUUAUUGAAAAUGUUAAAAAAUCAUUAGUACCACAUAGUUCCAGUAAACAAUUGACCGAAGCAGCUGCUAUUACAUGUGUAAAAUUAUGUAAAGCAUCAACAUAUAUAAACAUAUUGGAUAGCAAUAAUGUUAUGUUUACAUUGGUACAAUCCGUUAUUAAUGAUUUGAAAUUAUUAUUAUUCAACACGAAACCAUUGAUACGUAGCCCAUCAAAUCUUUAUAACGAUGUUGAAUUGAUGAUUGAAUGUUUUGUUUCAAUAUUCCGUAUAACACCGCAUAAUAAUGAAGCAUUGAAAGUUUGCCUGAAUCCAAAUUGUCCAUCAAUGUAUCAUUAUGUAUUGGUUUGUUCAUUGUUUCGCAUCAUUGUUCAACCACGAUUAUCAUGGUGGCCAAAAAUUGAUAUCAUCUAUAAUAAAGCACCAGAAUUACGUUUUAUGUUUACAGAAACAUUGAUAAAAGCAACACAAGGAUGUAUUUCACAUACACCAUUACGAAUGAUACAGCUUUGUCAGAGUUUCACAUUGAAAGAAAAAGUAACAACAUUAAAAUUCAAAGAUAAAUCAUCGGAAGAAGGUUUAAAUUUUAAAAAUCUUUUAUUAUGGAUGGUUCGCCUGAUACGUGUGAAUCCUAUACUAAUGUUAAAUAAUCAAGGCAAAGCUGGCCAUGAAAUACAAAGUAAUACACUUGAAUUGAUCAAUGGACUGGUGUCGUUAGUACAUCAACCAUCGAUGCCUGAUAUUGCACAAGAAGCAAUGGAAGCAUUACUUGUUCUACAUCGACCUGAAAAUAUUGAAUUAUGGAAUCCAGAAGCACCGAUCAAUACAUUUUGGGAUGUAUCAUCACAAGUAUUGUUUUCAAUAUCACAAAAAUUAAUACAACAUCAAAUUGUUAAUUAUACAGAAAUAUUGAAAUGGUUACGUGAUAUAUUGAAACAACGAAAUUAUUUCCUAUUACGACAUAAAGAUUAUGCAAAUAUUGGCAGUCAUGUGGCUAUUUGUAAACAGGCACAUAUAAAACUUGAAGUCGUUCUAUUCAUCUAUUUAUGGUCUAUUGAUAUUGAAUGUGUAUUGGUGGCCAUGUCUUGUUUUGCUUUGUUAACCGAAGAAGCCGAUAUUCGUUGUGGCCAAGAUGAUUUAACCGAUACGUAUUCAUUGCCAAAUUAUCAUGUAUAUCUUGAAUUAACAAAUGCAAGUACAAUUCUUACUACUGGUCGUGCUGCAUUACAGAAACGAAUUAUGGCAUUGUUGCGUAAAAUUGAAAAUUGUACACAAGGCUGUUCACAAGCAUGGGAAGAUUCAUUCCUGAAUUGGGAUUCAACAACAAAAUUUCUGGUUAGUUAUCCAAAAAGUAAACUCGGUGAUUCUGAACAAUCGGAUGGUUUGCAUCGUAAUGUUUCCAAACGUCGUGCAUCACAUCAAAGCACUGAACAUGAACUGGAAGAUCAAAUUAAUGAAUGGGCCAAUAUGACUGGAUUCUUGUGUGCAUUGGGUGGUGUUUGUUUUAAAAAAUCUGCCAAUAAAUCAUCAUCAUUUGCCAUGAAUAUUAUUGCUGAUACAAACAAGAAAAAUCUUGUACUACCAAACUGUCAUGAUUCAUUACAAUAUUGUCCAGUCACUCAAUUUGUUGGUGUUGUAUUGAAAUUACUUGUUUGUCAUAAUGAAAAAUUUGGUACACAAAUACAGAAACAUGUGAAAGAUUUGUUGGCACAUGAAAUGUCACCAAUGUUAUAUCCAAUAUUGUUUGAUCAGAUAAAAAUAUUGAUUGAAAAAUUUUUCGAUUCAAAUGGCCAAGUACAAUUAACUGAUACGAAUACACAAUUCAUCGAACAUAUCAUAUUUAUAAUGAAAUCAAUAUUUGAAAAUAAAUCUGAACAUACAACAGAAAAUCUUGGACAAACAACAAGUAUUGAACAUAUAAUGUUGGCCAUUGUACGUUAUGUUCGCCAUUUAGAUUCAAAUAAUAAUCAUCAUAUACAUAUCAAGAAUAAAGUCUGUCAAUUAGUUGAAGCAAUGAUGGCACGUCGUGAUGAUCUGUCAUUUAGACAAGAAAUGAAAUUUCGUAAUAAACUUGUUGAAUAUUUAACCGAUUGGGUUAUGGGCAAUUCACAUCAAAUGCAGCCAACAGUUUAUACGGAUUUAACAUCAUUAUUACGUGAUUUAGAUCAAUCUUGUAUGCAAGCUGUUGCGGCAUUAUUACGUGGUUUACCAUUGCAACCAGAAGAAUCUGAUCGUGGUGAUUUAAUGGAAGCAAAAUCACAACUUUUUCUUAAAUAUUUUAGCCUAUUUAUGAAUCUACUCAAUGAAUGUAGUGAAGUAUUAUCCACUGAAGAUACUGUUUCAAAUAAUUCUGGUGAAGCAACACGUUGUACUGUUGCUGCAGCACGUUUUCAAUCAUCAACAUCAACAAAAUUGAGUGAAUUACGAACAUAUACAAUACAGGCAAUGUCCAAUUUAUUGAGUGCCAAUAUUGAUUCUGGAUUAAUGCAUUCCAUUGGUCUUGGUUAUCAUAAAGAUCUACAAACACGUGCAGCAUUUAUGGAAGUGUUGACAAAAAUUCUUCAACAAGGUACCGAAUUCGAUAUGUUAGCCGAAACAGUAUUGGCCGAUCGUUAUGAACAAUUAGUUCAGCUGGUAACAAUGAUUGGCGAGAAAGGUGAAUUGCCCAUUGCAAUGGCAUUAGCCACAGUGGUUGUCACACCACAAAUGGAUGAAUUGGCACGUGUAUUUGUUACAUUAUUCGAUGCUAAACAUAUGUUAUCAUCAUUAUUGUGGAAUAUGUUCUACAAAGAAGUUGAAGUAUCCGAUUGUAUGACCACAUUGUUUCGUGGUAAUAGUCUUGGUAGCAAGAUAAUGGCAUUUUGUUUUAAAAUCUAUGGUAGUUCAUAUUUAAAAAAUCUUCUUGAACCAUUGAUAAAACCGUUGUUGGAUUCAGCACCAAACACUAGUUAUGAAGUAGAUUCAGCACGAUUCGAUGAUAAUGAUAAUGUUGAAACUAAUCGUAACAAUUUGAUGGCAUUAACACAGAAAAUAUUCAAUGCAAUCAUUUCAUCAGCGGAAAAAUUUCCAUCACAAUUGAAAUUAAUUUGCCAUUGUUUAUAUCAAGUUCUCAAUAAACGAUUUCCAAAUUUUCCACAUAAUAUCAGCGCUGUUGGUACGGUGGUAUUUCUGCGGUUCAUUAAUCCAGCAAUAGUGUCACCAUUUGAAUUGGGCAUUAUUGAAAAACAACCAGCGCCAAAAAUUAAACGUGGUCUAAUGCUUGUAUCGAAAAUUCUGCAAAACAUUGCUAACCACGUGGAAUUUAGUAAAGAACAACAUAUGUUAUGUUUUAAUGAUUUUCUUCGAACAAAUUUUGAUGCCGGUAAACGAUGGAUUUAUCAGAUUGCAUCCGAAGUGGAAAUAGUCGAAUAUCAAGCUAAUCAUAAUAUAUCAUUUAUUAGUGAUGCAAAUGUCCAUGCAUUACAUCGAUUGUUAUGGAAUCAUCAGGAAAAAAUUGGUGAUUAUCUAUCCAGUUCACGUGAUAAUAAAGCAAUGGGCCGUAGGCCAUUCGAUAAAAUGGCUACAUUGUUAGCAUAUCUUGGACCACCUGAACAUAAAACAAUAAGUGAAUCACAAUGGAAUUCAAUGGAAAUGACAUCAACAAAAUUCGAAGAAAUAAUGGCUAAACAUAAUAUGCAUGAAAAAGAUGAAUUUAAAUCGAUAAAAUCAUUGAAUAUAUUCUAUCAUGCUGGUACAUCAAAAGCCGGUAAUCCAGUUUUCUAUUAUAUUGCACGUAGAUAUAAAAUUGGUGAAACCAAUGGUGAUCUAUUGAUCUAUCAUGUUAUAUUGACAUUGAAACCAUUCUGUCAUAAACCAUUUGAAUUGGUCAUCGAUUUCACACAUACUUGUGCUGAUCAUCGUUAUAGGACAGAAUUUCUACAAAAAUGGUUUGUUGUAUUGCCAGAAAUUGCGUAUGAAAAAAUUGUCGCCACCUAUAUUUAUAAUUGUAAUAGCUGGGUACGUGAAUAUUCUAAAUAUCAUGAUCGUCUAUUGGUACCAUUGAAAGGUAGUCGUAAAUUAAUUUUUGUUGAAAGUGCACAAAAAUUAAGUGAAUAUAUUGAUAUUGAACAACAACGAUUACCUGGUGCUACAUUAUCAUUGGAAGAAGAUCUUAAAGUAUUUAAUAAUGCAUUAAAAUUAUCACAUAAAGAUACAAAAGUAUCGAUAAAAGUUGGUCCAACAGCCAUACAGAUUACAUCGGCUGAAAAAACAAAAGUUUUGGGUAUUCCCGUUUAUUUAAAUGAUGUUUAUUAUGCAUCAGAAAUUGAAGAAGUUUGUCUGGUGGAUGAUAAUCAAUUUACAUUGACCAUUGCAAAUGAAAGUGGUCCAUUAUCAUUCAUACAUAAUGAUUGUGAUAGUAUCGUACAGGCUAUCAUCCACAUACGAACAAGAUGGGAAUUAUCACAACCAGAUUCUGUAACGGUUCAUACGAAAAUACGACCAAAAGAUGUACCUGGUACAUUACUUAAUAUGGCUCUUUUAAAUCUUGGCAGCGCUGAUCCAAAUCUUCGUACAGCUGCCUAUAAUCUUCUUUGUGCAUUGACCGGUACAUUUGAUUUGAAAAUUGAAGGUCAACUUCUUGAAACAGCUGGUCUUUGUAUACCAUCGAAUAAUACAAUUUUCAUCAAACAAAUUAGUGAAAAAUUGGCCAUGAAUGCAUCACAUUUAACAUUAGAAUUUCUUGAAGAAUGUAUUCAAGGUUUUCGUUCAUCAAACAUCGAACUGAAACAUCUUUGUCUUGAAUAUAUGACACCAUGGUUACCGAAUCUGACAAGAUUCUGUAAACAAACCGAUGAUAAUAAACGACAACGUGUUGCAACCAUAUUGGAUAAAUUGAUUACAUUGACUAUUGAAGAAGUAGAAAUGUAUCCAUCAAUACAAGCCAAAAUAUGGGGUAAUAUUGGACAGAUUUCGGAUCUGUUGGAUUUAACAUUGGAUAGCUUUUUGAAACGAUCUGUAACCGGUGGUCUUGGUAGUUCACAGGCAGAAAUUAUGGCUGAUACAGCUGUUGCAUUGGCAUCAUCAAAUGUACAACUAGUGGCAAUGAAAGUAAUAAGUCGAUUAUGUCGGGUAAUCGAAAAAACCUGUACAUCACCAACAUCAACAUUGGAACAACAUCUUAUGUGGGAUGAUAUUGCCAUUCUAGGUCGUUAUCUAUUAAUGUUAUCAUUCAAUAAUUGUCUGGAUGUUGCCAAUCAUUUGCCAUAUUUAUUUCAUAUUGUCACAUUAUUAGUUCAUAUUGGACCAAUUUCAUUACGUGCAUCCAUUCAUGGUUUAGUCAUCAAUAUUAUUCAUUCAUUGUGUACUUGUACAAAACCAUCAUUCAGUGGUGAAACACAACGUGUUUUAAGACUAAGUUUGGAUGAAUUUAGUUUGCCAAAAUUUUAUUUAUUAUUUGGCAUUAGUGAUGUUAAAUCAGCGGCUGUUACUGCAUUUCGUACACAUCCAACAUUGAAUUAUAAUCGUCAUUAUUGUACUGAUCGUCAUUAUAAUAAUCUGACACAGGAUCGUGCUAUUGCUACUAUGAAUGAAAAUUAUGAUCGUUUACCAUUGAAUUCAUUGGAAACAAUUACCGAUGCAUUGUUGGAAAUAAUGGAAGCUUGUAUGAAAAAUAUACCUGGUUGUGAUUGGCUACAACGGUGGACUGAAAUGUCCCGAUCAUUUGCAUUCAGAUAUAAUCCGGCUUUACAACCACGUUCCAUUAUUGUAUUGGGUUGUAUAUCAAAAUUUACGACCGAUAAAGAAAUUCUUGGUCUAUUACGUAUCCUAGUGAAAGCAUUAGAAUCAUUUCAAGAUCUUCAACUAAUUGAAUCGAUUAUAAUGUGUUUAACACGAUUACAACCAUUACUUAAUCCUGAUUCACAUAUACAUCGUGCAUUAUUUUGGAUAUCAAUUUCCGUAUUACAAUUAGAUGAAAUAUCAUUAUAUGCAUCUGGUUUAGCAUUACUUGAACAAAAUCUACAUACAUUGGAUUCAUCAACAACAUUUGAAUUGAAUACAUUGAAAUCUGUAAUGAUGGCAACACGUGAACCACUAGAAUGGCAUUUCAAACAAUUAGAUCAUUCAGUUGGUUUAAGUUUUAAAUCAAAUUUUCAUUGUGCAUUAGUUGGACAUCUGAUAAAAGGUUUUCGUCAUCCAACCCCGACAACUGUAUCACGUACAACACGUAUAUUGAAUAUGUUACUAGAGAUUGUUGCUAAACCACAUAAACGUGAUAAAUUUGAAGUUAAUCUUGAAUCGGUACCAUAUUUAGCUGCAUUAUUACCUGUAUCCGAAGAAGUUCAAAGUAGAGUACAUCUUCGACAUCGUGUUACCCGUAUGAUUUUGGAUCGUACAUCGUCGAAAAAUUAUCCAACAACCAAUGAAAUACAACAAAAUCAAACAACACAUAAUCCACCACACACACAAUCAUCAAAUGUUAACGGUGCUGGCAGCGGUGGUUCUAAUACAAAAUUAUUAAAUAUUUCAUCAUCAUCAUCAUCAUCAUCACCGGCCACUAUGAUGACCAUACAGCAAACAUUAGCACCAAGUCCAUUGUCAUCACCAUCAACAUUAAUGAAUCUACCAUUAAGUAGUUAUAUAACACAACCACAUAAAGUAAUGUUUGCUCAAACACAUCAACAAUAUUAUACAACGACAUCAUCGAUAUCAUCAUCGAAUCCAAAUACACCGACAAGUAUAAGGCAAAAAUCGAUUGAUUCAAAUAUUGCUACUACUACGGCCACUUUUUAUACAAAUCAACAAUCAACCGGAAAUGCAACGACUACUACCGUAACUACUACUACUGUUACUUCUGGUGCUAAUUCUGCUGUUGCUGGUGCUACAACAACAACAACAACAACAACCGGAACUAAUAAUAAAGUAAUUAAAACACCAUUGAAACCAAAUCUUUCAAAUCAUAUUGCUGCUACCGUAUUACAUUCAUCUGUAUCACCAAAUUCAUCAAUCAAUUCUAAUUGUACAUCAUCAUUAGAUGUGGAUGAUAAACAUUGGAAAAGUUUAGAUAGUGAAUCAUUAACAUCAUCUGUAUAUCGACCAUUAUUUCGUACACAACGUAGUAGUUCAAUGCCAUCACCAAAAAUUGCUAAUAAUUCGAAAAAUGGUGAAUUAUUUGACAAUAAUAAUCUAUUCGAUGAACAAUCGUUAAAAGAUUCACAGGAACAACAACAAAAAUCAUCAUCAUCAUCGAAUCAUGAUCAUCAUAAACAUCAUCAUCAUUUGGUUGAUAUUCAUCAUCAUCAUCAUCAUCAUUCAAAACAUGAUCCAAAACAAACGAAUCGAAAAUCACGAUUAUCCGUUUCGAAUGAGAAUAAUAUUUUGCUUGAUCCAGAUGUAUUGAUUGAUUUUCAAAAUCAGGCACUAAUUCUAACCAUUCUGGCAACAUUGGUACGAAACACAACGGAUGAAUCUGAAAUGCGUACAUUAUAUGAAUAUUUGGCUGAAGCAUCAGUGGUUUUUCCAAAAGUUUUUCCUGUGAUACAUUCAUUAUUGGAUUCAAAAAUUACAAGCGUACUAUCAUUAUGUCAUGAUAAAGUUAUAUUGAGUGCUGUACAAUGUAUAAUACAUAAUAUGGUACUGUGUAAUGAAGAACCACAACAACAAUCACAUUGUUUACAAACAUUUGGCUUCGGGGGCCUAUGGAGAUUUGCUGGACCAUUUUUAAAAUCCGAAUCAAAUUUAGACAAUGCUGAAUUGUUUGUCAAUUGUUUAGAGGCAAUGGUUGAAACUUGUCUUACUGUUGAUGAAAAUGAAAAUGAUAUCAAUAAUGAAUAUAUGAGUGAAUAUUCAAGUACAUUAAGUUUAACUUCGACAAUGAAUCUAAGUUCAUCGAUAUUAUCGGUUACACCACCGAAUGAAAAAGAUUAUCAUCAAAAUAAUAAUCAUCAUCAUCAGCCAAAUAAUAAUAUUUGUGAUAAUAAUAAUACUACCAACACAUCCACAACAACGAAUACAAGUUUGACGUCGACUACGACAACAGCUGCUGCUGUUCUGUAGCAACAAAAGAAAUGCUUGCAACAGCUAAUUCAUUUAAUAAUUUAUCCAUGAAUAAAGAUCGUAAAGAAUCACAACCACCACCACCAUCACAUCAUCAUCAUCAUCAAUAAUUAAGCAUAAUUCAUCAUCAACAUCAUUAACAAAUGUAUUAUCACCACAGAAUAGUUUGAAAUUUAAUAAAUCGAAUCCAUUGGGUAAACGAUAAUCAUCAUUCAUCAUUCAUCAUCAUUA